ACACAAAAAUGACAGAAUAAAGUGCAAAUGGUGGGACUUUAAAAAGUUAGUAUAAUUCCGGAAGGAACAGUAGUGUUCUGAAUAUUGGGGAAUGUGUUUUCCUUUUUCCACCAAUGGAGUUGAAUCACAAGAAACUGCAGACUCUCAUCCAAGAAAUUGAAAACAGUAUCAUCUUCUGCAGGCAUUGUUCAAAGCAGAUUCCAUUUGAGGAAAGGAAGGGGUUGAUUGCCAUCAGGAAUUCAGUGAAGGAUGUUGACAACACCCUUUUGCAUUUCCAGAAAUUGCAGGCUCGGCAGCUGACAGAGAGGCAUUCGGUCCUCAGUCGAUUGGAACAAAGCAGAAUAUUUCUCAUAAAACAAGUAACACAGUAUGAAGGAAGACCCCUGGAUGUGGCUAAAGAGUUGAGUGCUUGUUUCAACAAUAUGGAAGAAACUGUGAAGAAAAAUGAAGGUCAAAGCACGAGGAGAGGGCUUUCAGGUUUUCUCUUUUGCUGGUUUACAGUGUUAUUCAAGCCCUGGAAGUGGAAAAAUAUUGUUGGAAUUACAGUCAAAUUGAUUCUUAUUUCAUCUACAAUUCGUUUUUAUCAUUCCAAGGAAAAUUCUUUUAGUAAUUCACAGAGAAGAUUGCUUGUUUCGGCUAUGUAUUCAAAAGAAAAAGCAGAAACGUUGGAUAGUUUAUUGACUAUCUCAAAGAUGCCUCUGGAUGUUUUUUGUGGCAGAGGAUGA